GUUUCAGUAGAAUGGUAGCGUUAGCGGUGUAUCUCCUUUUAAGUGUGCGUAUAAUUCAAGUAUUGUAUCCACGUGUUCGAGACAUUGGUUGAAAGAAAUGGAAUAUGAACCAGUGGAUGAAGUUGUUGACGAAGAUAUGGAUGAAAGUAGCAGUGACAGCGACGAAGAAGAUUCUGUGAAUGACGACGAGACUGAAGAUAAAGAGGAUCAAAAUAAUGAAUCCGAAGUGUAUCUUCCUGGAAAGCCAUUAGAGACUUGGGAAGAACUUAUAGUCGACAAAACAGCAUAUAGAAUGUUACAUCAUGCACAAUCUGGUGCACCUUGUCUUAGUUUUGAUGUAAUUUUAGACAACCAGGGUAAUAAUAGAGAAGAUUAUCCUUUGAGCAUGUACCUUGUUGCUGGAACUCAAGCUGCAAAGGCACAUGUCAAUAAUCUUCUUGUUAUGAAAAUGAAAAAUCUUCAUGGUACAAAAGACGAUUCUGAAGAUGAAUCUGACGACGAUGAUUUGGAUAGCGAAGGUAAUGAAAGUACUCCAGUAAUGACUGUCGCACCGAUAAAACACCAAGGAUGUGUUAAUAGAGUAAAAUAUACAAAAAUUGACGAAACUCCUUUAGCUGCAAGUUGGAGUGAAUUAGGCCGUGUACAUAUUUGGAAUUUAGAAGAACAAUUAAGAGUACUUGACAACGAAGAGCUACUUCGGGCAUAUCGUAAAAAAUGCGAAAAAAGCGAUGGAGGCGUUAAACCAUUAUUUACCUUCAAAGGACAUCUUUCGGAAGGAUACAGUCUUGAUUGGUGUUCAACAGAAUUAGGUACUCUAGCUUCUGGCGACUGCAAAGGCAACAUCCAUAUAUGGCACAUCGGCGAUAAUAAUGGUUGUGCAACAUGGCACGUGGAUCAAAGACCGUAUAAUUCACAUUCUCCACACAGCGUCGAAGAUCUUCAAUGGUCCCCUAAUGAAAAACAUGUACUGGCUUCGUGUUCCGUCGAUAAAAGCAUUAAAAUUUGGGAUACAAGGGCAAGCCCACAAUCUGCCUGUAUGUUGACAGCAGUCGGAGCACAUACUGCUGACAUUAAUGUAAUUUCAUGGAAUCGUAAAGAGAAUCAAUUUCUUGUAUCUGGUGGUGAUGAUGGUUUGAUUUGUGUAUGGGAUUUACGUCAGUUUGGCCCUAAUGGUUCGAGUCCAUUAGCCGUGUUUAAGCAACACACUGCACCUGUUACAACAAUAGAAUGGAAUCCUCAGGAAGGUACAGUUUUCGCUUCCGGCGGGGCUGACGAACAAAUUGCUCAAUGGGACUUGUCGGUGGAAACCGAUCAGUCGGAGGAGAUGGAAAAUAAUGAGCUAAAAGAAUUACCCCCGCAAUUGUUAUUUAUACAUCAAGGUCAAACAGAUAUUAAGGAAUUGCAUUGGCAUCCUCAAUGUCCGGGCGUUGUAAUAUCGACAGCACAUUCGGGAUUUAAUAUAUUCCGUACAAUUAGUGUAUAA